AGUGCGUCAGCGACCGGGGCGGCGGGUUAGUCUGCAGGUUCGGGUCGUUUUGGCGCGUUUGGGUCCGGUGUGGUGCCAGGGGCUUGUACGGCUCUCACGCUCGCUGGGAACGGAGCACUGCUGUCUCUGAGAAAUGAAUCUCAGUAUGAAGCAGAAACAGGAAGGAGCCCAAGAGAACGUGAAGAGUAGCCCUGUCCCAAGGAGAACGCUGAAGAUGAUCCAGCCUUCUGCAGCUGGGUCUCUUGUUGGCAGAGAAAAUGAGUUGCCAAAAGGCUUGUCCAAAAGGAAACUUUGGGAUGACCAGUUAACAUCUAAGAUUUCAAGCUGUGGUCCUGAAGCCAAUGAAAAUAACAGUGUUGGAGACCUCACCCAGGAAGCCUGUGAUCUUAUGACUAAAGAAAACCCAUCUUCUCAGUAUUGGAAAGAAGUGGCAGAACAACGGAGGAAAGCUCUCUAUGAAGCACUUACGGAGAACGAGAAACUUCAUAAAGAAAUUGAACAGAAGGACAGUGAAAUUGCCCGCCUGAGAAAGGAGAAUAAAGACCUGGCAGAAGUAGCUGAGCACGUACAGUACAUGGCAGAGGUAAUCGAGAGGCUGAGUAAUGAACCUCUGGAUAACUUUGAAUCACCGGAUAGUCAAGAAUUUGAUUCUGAAAAAGAAACUGUUGAGUAUUCUGAACCGGAAGACUCAGACACUGGGACAUGUGCUGAAGAGACUGUGUCUUCCUCUUCCGAUGGCACGGCGUGUACAUGAGAUGUGACUGCCCUUUGGUAUAGCUCUUGGUAAAUUAACUACAUGGUACAAGUGCUGGAAUCCAGGAAUCCUGGGGUUACUAAUACAUUAAAAACAGAUAGUAUGUAUUUUUAACCUGUUUUAUGUAAAUAACAUUUUCAUUUUUGUCAGUGUCAGAUGUGAAUUGUGUAUAUUAAAUAAACUUCAAUUUCCUAUUGAACAUUUA